UCCUGUUACCGCACUCGAACACGAUUUUACGCAACGUUCGUGUACGCAUUGUCAUCAUCGUUCAUUCACAAAAAGACAGUAGAGAGAGUUUUUCCACUUUUCAUGUCCCCAUGCCAACACUGUCUGCAUUUGUGCGAGGAUUGAGAGGAGCCUCCGUAUCGUGGGGUCGCAGCAGCGUUGCUGUGUCGUACAAGAUUACACGCGGUUUUCGAACGAGUUCACCAUGUCUCGCUACUUUAAAGGAGAUUGAACAGCGUCUAAAAUCUAUUAAAAACAUUGAGAAGAUUACUAUGACUAUUAAAACAGUCGCACAGACAAAACUGAGCAGGGCUCAACGAUCAAUGAUUGCUGCCCGAAAGUAUUCUUCGGUUUCUCGUGAAGUAUUCCAAUCUGCAGAAACAAAAGUGCCCGAACAGGGAAAAACCUUGGUCAUUGUGUGUUCGAGUGACAAAGGUUUAUGUGGUGGUAUUCAUUCAAAUCUUUCUCGAAACGUCCGAAGCCUGUUCUAUGAGAUGGAAUUGGAAGAAGAACAGUCUGCUACAGCUGAUGGCGAUAACCCCAGCAAAAACGCAUCAGAUAUGGAAUUGUGCGUUAUUGGAGACAAGGUCCGUUCCCAGCUCAUGCGGUUUGUCCCCGAAGCCUUUCACCUAACAUUUGCUCAAAUUGGCCGCUCAGUCCCUACGUAUGAAGAAGCUUUGGCCCUGACCAACAUCCUCAUGGCGAACGCCGCCAGUUACGAACGCUUUCUAGUCAUCUACAAUUCUUUCAGAUCGGCUGUUUCUUACUCUACCACACGUUCGUCUCUACCCACAAAAGAGACAAUGAUCAAGUCACCCCAGUUGGCGGCGUUUGAGUACGAAGACGACGUGCUCGAACCACUCAUGGAAUUUGCUCUAGCCAACGAACUGUAUGCAGCUCUGGUGGAGGGACACUGCAGCGAAAUGUCAUCGCGUCGCAACGCUAUGGAGAACGCUAGUAAAAACGCCGGCGACAUGAUCAGUCGGUUCUCCACACUGUACAAUCGCCAACGCCAGGCCUCUAUUACGAACGAGCUGAUUGAUAUUGUCACUGGAGCCAACGCCCUUCAGUAAUGCGGGAGAGGCUCGCUGAACACACACUCGAAGACAACAGUCUUUCUCCCUCUUUCUCUCUCGAUUCUCCAACCCAUUGCACCCAACCAACCAACCAACCUCUCCUUCACCCCACCGGCAUCAAUGCCAUUGUUUCUUCGUUUCGUUUUUCGUCGUCUAUGAACGAGAAUGCUCUUUGUUUACAUGAAUGGAUGAUACUUUCAAUGGACA